UUAGAAAAGAAAACAAACCAUCUCUUGCCCGUAACUAUAACCUACAAUUGAUGUAGACUUCACCAUUCCCUCAUUUUCUAGUGUCUUUCUCAUCUUAAAUUAUCAUUUUUACCAUUGUUCCAAGUUUCAUCCUUAGAAUUAUAAAGUCAAAUUUUAAGAUAAUAUUCAUUGAUAUUUUCUUAUUAUGCAUUUAUUUUUGCCGGUUUGUAAGGAAGUACUCAUCCUCUUUAAUUAGUCUAUUUCUUAUUCAGAUAUAUUUUUCAGCUUUACGACAAAGAUAGCUUACAUUUUUUGCUAUACAUAAAACCAAAGCAACAUAUAUAUUAUAUAGCCUCUCUAACCAUAAACCAAUUACAGAGAAUUUCUUAAAUCAACCACACCAUGAAUAUUAUUAGUAUUACCAUUUUCCUCAUAAUAACCAUUCACCUUGUAAGAGUAGAAUCAAUUAGCAGAAGAGAUUUUCCAGAAGGGUUUAUCUUUGGAACUGCUUCUUCAGCUCACCAGUUUGAGGGAGCUGUUGAUGAAGGAAACAAAGGAGAUAGCAUAUGGGACACUUUCUCAAGAUUACCAGGGAGAAUUUUGGAUUUCAGUAAUGCAGACAUGGCAGUGGAUCAAUAUCACCGAUUUCAGAAUGACAUAAACUUGAUGAAGGAUUUGGGAAUGGAUUCUUACAGAUUCUCAAUUUCAUGGCCUAGAAUUUUCCCAAAUGGAACAGGGGAACCAAAUACAGAGGGGAUAAAGUAUUACAACACUCUCAUUGAUGCUUUAUUGGAAAAAGGAAUUCAACCUUAUGUAACUCUAUAUCAUUGGGACCUUCCACAAAUGUUGGAAGAUAAAUAUGAAGGAUGGUUAAGUACACAAAUCAUAAAAGAUUUUGAGCAUUAUGCAUACACAUGCUUCCGAGCUUUUGGCGACAGAGUUAAGCACUGGAUUACCUUCAACGAACCUCACAACUUCGCUCUCCAUGGUUACGAUUUAGGGAUUCAAGCACCGGGAAGAUGUUCCCUUCUUGGUCAUCUUCUAUGUAAGAAAGGAAAAUCAUCCACCGAACCUUACAUUGUUGCUCAUAACAUUCUCUUAUCUCAUGCUGCUGCCUACAGAAGUUACCAGCUACAUUUCAAGGAACAACAAGGAGGUAAAAUAGGGAUAGCUCUAGAUGCUGUUUGGUACGAACCUAUAACCGAACUCGAAGAAGACAAAGAUGCAGCAGCUAGAGCUAUGGAUUUUUCACUUGGAUGGUUCCUUGAUCCUCUUUUCUUUGGAAAGUAUCCACUCUCUAUGCAAGAACAUGUAGCUGAGAGAUUGCCAGAGAUUACUAAUGCAACCUCAAACUUGCUUGUUGGAUCAUUGGAUUUUAUUGGCAUAAACCACUAUACCUCGCUGUAUGCUCGAAACGACAGGACUCGGAUUCAUAAACUGAUUAUGCAAGAUGCUAUAUCAGAUGCUGCUGUCAUUACAACCGCAUAUAGAAAAGGAGCUGCAAUCGGAGAUAAGGCAGCUUCCAAUUGGCUACACAUUGUCCCUUGGGGAAUCAGAAAGUUGAUGAAACAUGUGAAAUGCAAAUAUGGGAACGCACCCGUAAUCAUAACCGAAAACGGAAUGGAUGAUCCAACCGGACCGUUUAUGACCUUAGAAAAGGCAUUAAAUGAUGACAAAAGGAUAAGAUAUCACAGGGACUAUCUCUCAAACCUAUCUGCUGCUAUAAGGGAAGAUGAUUGCAAUGUGAAGGGUUACUUUGUAUGGUCAUUGCUUGAUAAUUGGGAGUGGAACUUGGGAUAUACAGUACGGUUUGGACUCUACUAUGUAGAUUUCAAAAACAACCUUACUAGGAUACCAAAAUCUUCUGUGAAUUGGUUCAAAAAUAUGCUCAGAUUCGAAACUGAAAAAAUUAGUGAUAUUUGAAUUGUUGUCAUACAUGUCAAAUAGCAAGUGUAUAUAGCACACAUAUUUUUAAGAAAUGUUAAAAAUUGAAAUUAUUAAAAUAUUUUGAGAUGUUUA